GUCCACUCUGCUUUUUACGGCUGCAGCUAGCUAGUUGCUAGUAGCUAGUUGCCGAUGUUUGGAUACGUAUCUGAAACUGUUUGAGUCGCUAAAGUUAUUUAGGAACAAAAAUACUUCUGAUAAAGAGGAGAUAAAAAAAAAACUGCUGACUAUGUCGAAGAUUCGCUUUGGUUAGGAGGAAACCUCAGCUCAGCGGCUUGCAGCCAUUGAAGUGAUUCAUCAGAUCGUUUUUAACUCCUGACUGGGUUGGAAGAUGAAGAUCGCUUUGCUGGGAGCCACUGGGCAGACUGGACAGUUUCUGGUCAAACAGGCGCUGGACCAGGGCCAUACGGUCACCGCUGUCGUCAGGAACCCGGCAAAGCUCACAGUGCACCAUGACAACCUCAAGGUUGUGUCGGCUGAUAUUUUCUCAGCAGACAGCCUGAAGCCUCAUUUCAAAGACCAGGAUGUCGUCAUGUCCUGCCUCGGCUUUCCGGCUUCCUUCUUCUCCGGUGUGACGGGCUACACCACGUCGAUGGCGGCUGUGGUCGGCGCCAUGAGAGAGGCCCGGGUCAACAGGGUCAUCACCAUGACCUCUUGGUACACAGAGCCUAACUCUGAAGCCCAGUCUCCGUUCCUGAUCCGGUUCCUUCUCCUGCCGAUGAUCCGCAGCGUCCUCAGCAACAUGUAUGAGAUGGAGCGCUUCCUGCAGAAAACCGAGGACAUCAACUGGACCGUAGUUCGGCCGCCCGGCCUCAAGAACCUGGCAGCCUCAGCUCAGGAGUUUCUGACGCACGAGGGAUACUUUGUGCCUGACAGCAACGCUCAGGUGGGAAGAGGAGACGUGGCCCGCUUCAUGCUGUCUCUGCUGAACAGCAACGCCUGGGUCAAGAAGGGCGUCGCCGUCACCACCAAAUGAAGUCACCGGCCAUUUCUAACCACGCAGACGUUUUCUGAUUACUUUGGUGUCCGUGCUGCACUGCAAAAACAAAAUCUUCCCAAGUAUUUUGGUCUAGUUUCUACUGCAAAUAUGUUAGUUCACUUGAAAUAAAAACUAACUCAUAAGUUAGGUUGUUUAGAGUCAAUAACUACUAAAUAUUGAUGAAAAAGUUCUAGUUUUUUUUAUAGUGUUAUAAGUUAAGGAGAUAUUGACUACCAUUAACAAGUUCAUGUAGCUCACUGAGAAGUUACUGGUAAUUUAUUUCAAGUGUACAAAGAUAUUUUCACUAGAAACUAAGAUAAAAUUACUUGGUAAAAUGUUGUGUUUUACAUUAACCAAAGCUUAAAUGGGAGCAGCAGCAGGAUACCAGAUAGAGGCGUCCUUUCUGUGCCUGCUCUUAUUACUAAAAAUAAACGUUAUAUAUUGUAAGUGUUCCGGUUAAAAUGCUUCAUAAAGGUUCAUUUUUCUCAUUUUUUAUUUGUCUAAAUGACAGAAGAAUUACCGGCUUACUUUACUGGGAAUUAAAAUAUUUCUGUUAAGGUUUAUAGGUGGUUAUGAACAUUUAGUCACUACUUCUCUUACGGUACUAAAGAGCAAAAAUGAUUGAUUGGAUCAUUUUUCCAGACAUGAAUAUUUAAUAAGACUGUAAACACGUUUCCCUAAUAAAACUAUCAGCUUUACUGUGAGGUUUGAGUUAAAGUUGUAUUUAGAAAAGUUUAGAAAAUCUGCAGUCUUUUUGGGUGAACUGAUAUUUGGUUUAUGUUUUUUUUUUCUUAACAUAAUUACUGGAUAAGUUUUGGCAUGAAAGUCCAGAAAUAUGGGGAUCCAGAAGUGCCACAAUCCACAAAGCAAAAAAAUUGAGCAGCCUUAAGUUAAUUAGAAAAACAUUUGAUUUUCCUUGUAUAAUUUUUUAAACAUAUGCUACAUUGCCAGGGUAAAUAUGUAUAUGUAUGUCACAAAAAAUUAUUUCAUGUUUAGUAGCCGCAAGAUUAUUUUUCAUCCUUAUGCAUCAGUCAGAAGGUAAAGGUCACAUAAUGAGCUGCAGUAACAACGCAGAAAAAAUAUGAAAUAGUAAAAUAUUCAAAUUAUACAUGGUUUUAAUAAAUGUCAAUUUUAAAUAAUUAAUUUCAACUUAUUCCAUCUAUUUAAAUGCAAUAUUACAUUGUGAUUUGUUUGGCUCUUCAUAUUCUUGUACCGAGUUGCAAACUGAAAUAAAAAUAUAUAACAAAAAAAAUUUGUUGUUGCUAGGUCUGUUUGAUUUGCUCCAAAUCACUCUCUUUUAUUGACGACAAUUUACAGAAAAUAUAUCACAGAAUAAAUAUAUAUUUUCAGUAGGAGUGAAACUGUACACACUCAUGUUCGAUUUACAAUUUGCAGGUGGGGUGAUUGGAUGAACGCAGACCGUUAAGUUCAUUUUUUAAACAAUAUAUUUACAUUAUAAAACAUGUUGACCUUCUGUUUGCCCACAUGGAGGAUUUUACACGAUGCUAAAACAGGAGGUCAGAUUUUAAACAUCUGCUGUAAGGCGAGAAUAAAAACCGUUAAAAGUCAAAGUGGAUCAGUGCUUAGAAAACAUUCAUUAAACACGAUAAAAAUUUAAAAAGCUUACAUUGCUAGAAGCUAGGUGACGGCAGCCUCAGUUGCAUGUAGUAAGGUGCGGCGAGGCCCGGCUCCGCUUUGAGGCAGCGAACGUCGAACAGCAUAAAUAUGAUACAACA